CAUGUGAUCUUCUUAUAAUUUAAGAACGAAGUUAGUAGCAACAAAUCAGUGGGCUGCGUCCUAAACUGGUAAGAAGAAGGGUAAGGUAUUGCUGAUAUGAGAAAGAGUGGAACCCACAGUAAAGUACAGUUUUAGAGAGAGAAAGAGAGGGACCUGACCUUAAUAGUAACAGAUACCUCCAACUUAGGUUCCCCAGCCACUACUCUAACGACACCCUAGCUGUACCCAGCUGUCUUCCAUCCUCAUCACCCUACCCCUCUCUCUCUUUUCCCUUUUCCUCUUUUUUUAUUUUUUCAUCUUACCUCUUCAACUAAUUCAAUUCUCCAUACAUACGCUUCCAUCUUUUCCGUUUACCCAUAACAUUAUCACAAACAAACACUCGCCACUGUCCCUCAUCAUGUUUCUCUCACAUUCCCAUUUCCUCAAUUAACACUCUUUUCUUCUUCUCUAGCUAUUUCGUUCAAUUCACUUCACUUUACCCGCCAUGGAUCCUUGUCCUUUCGUGCGUCUCACCGUCGGCAAUCUCGCUCUCAAAAUUCCCGUUGCAUCCAAACCUGCACGCUCCGUCGUUCAUCCCUCUUCAUCUCCUUGUUUCUGUAAAAUCAAACUCAAGAACUUCCCUCUCCAUUCCGCUGUCGUUCCUUUCAUUCCUCCUGACAACAACUUCCCCGACUCACAGAUUCAACCUAUCGCCGCUACUUUUCACCUCAGCAAAACCGAUCUCGAUAAACUCGCGGGAAAAUCACUAUUCGUUAAGAAACUCUGCCUUAAAAUCUCGAUCUACACUGGCCGGAGGGGAACUACAUGUGGCGUAAACUCCGGGAGACUUCUCGGUGAAGUUUCUGUUCCGUUGAACCUUGCCGGAACUGUAACGAAGGCAACGGUGUUUCACAAUGGAUGGAUUACCGUUGGAAAGGAUACUAAAGGCUCUUCUGCACAAUUUCAUUUGAAUGUAAAAGCUGAACCUGAUCCUCGGUUCGUGUUCCGGUUCGACGGUGAACCAGAAUGUAGUCCUCAAGUUUUUCAGAUCCAAGGCAACAUUUCACAACCUGUGUUCACGUGCAAGUUCAGUUUCAGAAACAACGGUUGUGACCGUAAUCAACGUUCUAGAUCAUUACAGUCAGAUGCGGGUGGUUCUAGAAGCUGGUUAAGUUCAUUCGGAAGUGAACGUGAGCGUUCAGGGAAAGAACGCAAGGGUUGGUCCAUUACUGUUCACGAUCUUUCUGGUUCACCGGUUGCAGCUGCUUCCAUGGUAACGCCUUUCGUUGCGUCUCCCGGUUCUGACCGGGUUAGUUGCUCUAACCCCGGUUCGUGGCUUAUUCUUCGUCCUGGAGAUGGAACCUGGAAGCCAUGGGGGAGGCUCGAAGCGUGGCGCGAGCGUGGCGGAUCUGACGGUCUUGGCUACCGGUUCGAGCUUAUGCCGGAUACUAACGGCGGCAUGAGUGCCGGUGGUAUGGUAAUUACAGAAUCAACAUUGAGCUUGAACAAAGGAGGAAAGUUUGUUAUCGAUUUGAGUAGUCGCUGCGGCGGAGGAGGAUCGAACGGUCGUGCUACGCCUGGAAACGCGUCGUCGCCGGCGUGUAGUCCAAGAGGUAGCGGUGAUUAUGGAUACGGGCUUUGGCCUUAUUGUGUGUACAGAGGGUUUGUGAUGUCAGCGAGUGUGGAAGGUGAGGGAAGGUGCAGUAAACCUACUGUCGAGGUGAGUGUGCCGCACGUGAAUUGCACGGAGGAUGCGGCAGCUUUUGUUGCGUUAGCUGCAGCCGUUGAUUUAAGCGUGGAUGCUUGCAGACUUUUCUCUCAACGGUUGAGAAAGGAGCUAUGCCAACAACUGGAUUUACAAGGAUGAUGCUUUUUUUAAUUAAUUUUUUUUAAAUCUUUAAAUGGGGUUGUUGAUUGUGUGUGAGGCGUUUUACUACUAACAAACAAUUUACAGUCUGUACAGGAAUGGGUUAGUAUUAGAGUGAGUGGGGCUUCUGAAUUCACGUGUGGCUUUUCAUUGAUUUUCUCUUUGUUUUUGUCAAUUAUGGGAAAUCAAGAAUAAGCUUUUUUAAUGUUUUAACAAUAUUUGUAAAGAACUGUUGCACUGACUCAUGGCUCAUGUGUUUGUGUGCUUUUCUUUUGUCUUUUUUGGUGUAUCUUGGAUUCCUUGAGUAAUAUACUAAUAUAUAAGCUUAGGCUGUAAAUGUCGGUAAUCUAUGAAUAUAUAGUACUCUCAAUUGGCAGCGAGAAACACUUAAGGUUAGGUUUUUACCUUCUAAGUGAUGUUUGCUUACA